AUGCCCUCCAACAACCCUCCACCAACAAUACCAACCUCGCAACAAGCCUACUGCGUGACCGAGUUCGGCCAACCCCUCCAGAAGCUCAACAUCCCAGUUCCCAACCCCCAGAACACCGAAAUCCUCAUCCGCGUCACCCACGCCGGCGUCUGCCACUCGGACCUGCACUUCCAAGAAGGCUUCUACCGCCUUGGCGCCACGCAGAAGUUCUACCUCAAGGACCGCGGCGCCACGCUUCCCCGCGCUGUGGGUCAUGAGAUCUUGGGGCGGGUUGUGGCGUAUGGGCCCGAUGUCAGCGAAGCGGAUAAAGCCGAGCAGGGUGGAGGGAGUCCGUUGGGGAGUAGUCGGGCUGUUUAUCCGUGGUGCGGCUGCGGAGCCUGCCGGAGGUGUGAGGAUGGGGAUGAUAAUUUAUGUUUGAAGCAGCGCACGAGGGGUGUGUUUGUGGACGGUGGGUUCGCGCAGUAUAUCACUGUGCCGCAUGCGAAGUACUUGGUGCCGCACGACGGCGUGGAUCCUGCGGUGGCGUGUACUUAUGGGUGCAGCGGGUUGACGGUGUUGAGCGCGAUUGAGAAGCUGGGACCGCUGAAGCCGCGGGAUCCGGUGCUGUUGAUUGGUGCGGGAGGGCUGGGGUUGCAGGCGAUUGGGGUGCUGAAGGCACUCGGGCACGAGCAUAUCGUCAGCGCGGAUAUUACAGAUGCGAAACUGCAGGCUGCGUCGAAAGAGGGCGCUAGUGGUGUGGUGAACAGUAGUGGUGGCGUCGAGGAGGCGGUGAAGCGGGCAACUGAAGUUGCUGGAGAGCCAUACUACGGGGUGAUCGACUUCGUCAAUACCACUCCGACAGCCGAGCUGGCGUACGCCUGUUUGAACAAAGGCGGGAGAAUGGUGAGUGUGGGAAUCUUGGGUGGGGAAUUACAGGUCAAAUUGUCAUUGUUGAUCUUCGGGAGCAAGACGAUCGAGGGAAACAUUGUGGGCAAUCCGAGACAUAUGCGGGACGUGAUGAAGUUGGCGGUGGACGGCAAGUUGAAACCGUUGCCCGUGACGGAAGUGCCGUGGGAGGAGGCGAACGAGGCGAUGGAUAGGCUGAGUAGGGGAGAGGUUACCGGACGGUUGGUAUUGGUUCAUGAGUCUGACGGGCGGUAA